GCUUGGUUAUUUUCUGUGAAGCUCAAACCUGCGACCGCUUCAAUGGAGCAGCCUCACGAGAGGCCUGAGGCCGGGGAUGAGGCCUGCGGAGAGGAGCGGGGUCUGUCGCAGCCCGCGGAGGAGCGCAUCGAGGACCGCAUCAGCCUGCUGCUCAGACUGAGAGCACAGACAAAACAACAGCUCUUAGAAUACAAGUCCAUGAUCGAUGCAAGUGAAGAAAAAACUCCAGAACAGAUGAUGCAAGAAAAACAGAUUGAACUUAAAAUCGAAGACCUGGAGAAUGAAAUUGAAGAUGUAAAAAGUAAUUUUGAAAUGAAAAGUCUUGCACUGAGCAGGAUGAAACUUUCAACUGCACUUCAAAAUAACAUGGAGAACAUGGGCCCUGAGAGUUGUGUGCUCACUGAUGACAUGAAGCACAUAUUAAAGCUACAAAAGUUAAUAAUGAAGUCACAGGAGGAGUCUUCAGACCUGGAGAAAAGGCUGCUUGAUGUCAGAAAGAAGAGACUACAACUAAAACAGGCUUCAAGAAGUAAGCUUUUAGAAGUACAAGCAGAGAAGAACAAACAGAGAGAGGAUGUGGACAAGAUGGAGAAUUCUGAAAUGAUUAAGACCUUGAAAAAAAAUCUACAGAUGGAAAUAAAGAUUACUACAGUUAUUCAACAUGCAUUCCAGGGCCUUAUUCUGGGGAGUAAAACCAACUGGGCAGAGGAUCCUGUCCUCAGAGAGACUGUGCUACAGCUGGAGAAGAAUCUCACCACACUAUAAUAAGAAUCCGCCUUGGCAUUCUAAAGUUGGUUUUGUUCCCAAACUGUCGUUUAAAUAGCUGAGUUUAUGGGAAAUGUAAAUAGUGUUUUUGAAACCCCUCUGCUGCUUAAUUUUGGGGUUUUGAGUGGAUGAUAGGUCACAGAAUCUUUUGUUUUAAAUGUGCUCAUCAAGUGACUGGCAUACUCUGCAGGAGUCUGAACAUCGUAGCCUUGGAAAGAAGCACCUGGUCCUGCUGCCACAGAAUGGACGCAUCUGUGCAAACGGUUUCCUGGUAGUCCCUUCUGGUGUAUGCUUGUGCAUCUGUGCACUGGUUUGUCAGCCAAAAAUUAGAAAAGCGUCCGAAGUAUAUUUGUUAAGUAAG